AUUAUAUUGAAAAUUUUAAUGAAUUUAAUAAUAAUUAUUUGUGGGUCAUCCCUUGAAAUUUAUGAAUAUGAAUAUGUACCGUUUCUUGAGGAAAUAUCAAUUCAAGCAACAAAAAUGAUUGAAAGUAGAAUAACAGGUGGUGAAGAAGCAAUACCUCAUUCACAUCCAUUCACAGUUGGAUUACAUAUAUUAACUGAUUCUGGAAAAACUGUAUGGUGUGGUGGAGCUUUAAUUUCGAUAGAAUGGGUUCUAACAGCUGCACACUGUGUUAAAAAAGGAAGAGAAGUUAUGAUUUACGUUGGAUGUCAUGAUCGUACAAAAGACUGUUCUCGUAUGAAAACUAGUCGUAGUAAUAUAAUUAAACAUGAAAGUUAUAGUGGCCGAACUUUAUCUAAUGAUAUAGCUUUAAUAAAAUUACCUGAACCAGUACUUUUAGAUGAAAAAGUACAAACAAUAGAUUUACCAAAACACAAUCGUAGAGUAUCAUAUGUUGGUAAAUGGGCAACAGUUUCAGGUUGGGGUAUUUUUUCAGAUUCGGUAUCAGCACUUUCAAGAGUAUUAAGAGUUGUACAAUUACCAAUUAUUGAUCGUGGUACAUGUCAAAAUCGUUAUACAUCAGUACCGAUACGUGAAACAAAUAUUUGUGCAGCAAGUCCAUCAAGAAGAUCAACUUGUGCUGGUGAUUCUGGUGGUCCAUUAGUAUUAAAUAAAGAUGGAUUUGAUAAAGUUUUAAUUGGUAUAACAUCAUUUGGUUAUAAACGUGGUUGUGAAAAAGGAUGGCCUGCAGUAUUUACAAAAGUUGCACCAUAUGUUAAUUGGAUUAAAGAUAAAACGGGAAUAUAUUGAUAGCGA